GGCAAGAGUUUGACAAAGAUAUAACUGACAUCGUGCUCAUCAAGGAAGACUUUUUACCACCCGCGAAGUGGGCCAUGGGUCGUGUGACAGACGUACAUCACGGCAAGGACGGAUACGUCCGUGUUGUUACGCUAAAAACAAAAGGAAGAGAAAUCCAAAGACCCGUGGUCAAAAUAGCUCCGUUGCCUAUUCAAAAGUCAGAACAAACCAGUCCCAUAGACCCGGACAUGAAAUCUGACUCCGUUCCACCAAAAACGCAUAAACGAGCACGAGGCAAUAAACAAUGUUUUAUAACAUCGAUGUUACUGUUAUUAAUGACAUGUGUGCUACCGGCUACCGCCCAGACACUCCAUAUUGACAAGAUACAAACCAACAACUCGCUUUAUUUUGACAAAAUUGCAGACAUAAGGAUCAUACAGGACGAGUGGAAGAUGGUCGCAUUUUACAACAUGACGACAUAUUGGGAUAGCAUAUGUUCAAUCGAAAAGUACAUUCAACUUAUAAAAACAAAAUGCAACAAUGACUACACAUGUGCUCCAAUUAUUGCACAAUUUGAACACGAGUUAGAUGAACUGCGUCACUACAACGAUUUGCUGACAAGUCACCCUAACACAAACCGCCAACGAAGAGGUCUAGCCAAUGGAGUCGGCUAUUUAGCUAAUACCUUAUUUGGCGUACUUGAUGAUCGAUUUGCAGAAAAAUAUGAAAAGGAUAUUGACACAAUUACGAAGCGAGAAGAUCACAUUUUCAACUUGUACAAAAACCAGACAUCCAUACUUGAAGCUCACAACAAUAUUCUCAAACGCAACGAGAUUAUCAUGAAAAAUCAAUUUGACUCAAUUGCAAAAACCGUCCAUAAUCUAAUCGAAGAUGUGAAUCAAGCACAAUCCACGAGUCUACGUUUACUGAACUCGUUCUCGCUACUUUCGUCUAUGGUAGCGGCGGAUGUCAUCAUUUCAAAUUUAAGAAGAAUUCAAGAUACCCUUGUUGACACCGUCACUGACAUAUACCAUGGUCGAUUAAACGUGCAUUUGCUACCCCCGAUGCAACUCCAACAACAGUUAGAACUGAUAUCGGGGCAUAUACAGGAUGACCUCACCAUUCCCGUUGACAACGCUGAAGACCUGUACGGGUUGCUCCAUAUCCACGUAAAAGUGACUCGAAAGACCUAA